UGCCAGUCAGCUCUGAGAGGUACCCACUGCUGACCCAGGCCUGGCCCAUUAGCCAUGGAGAAUACACCUCUGUGAUUAACGUAUUGGAGAAGGGGAAAAAGUUGCUGAGCAGCUGCAAAACUGCAGCAAGAGCAGAAGAGAGUGAGAGUGUGAGAAAAACAUCUCUACACACACCAAGGUUAUUGGAGAAGGAGAAGAAGGAGGUGUCCAGGGCACUGGAGCAGAGAUUCCCCUGUGAUCUCUGGUGCAGCCCAUGGUGAGGCAGCUGUGCCCCUGCAGUCCAUGGAGGAACCCAUGGGAUGCCUGAGGGGGACUGUGGCCCCUUGGGAAGCCUGAGCUGGAACAAGUUCCUGGCGGGAGCUGGGAACUCAUGGAGAGAGGAGCACACACUGGACCAGGUUUGCUGUCAGGACUUGUGACCCCAUGGGGGACUCACACUGGAGCAGUUUGUUCCUGAGGGACUGUUUCCACCUGUGUGUGAGACCCACGUUGAAGCAGGUUGUGAGCACCUCACGGGAAGGACCCACACUGGAGCAGGGAUUUUCAGCAGCUCAGCACCACCCACGAGAGGACAAGAUGUUCGGGGGGAAAAUGACCAGCAUUGGGAAGAAGCUGAUCCGCCGGCGUGUGGUGGAUCUGAGCUCUGAGGACACACGUUUUGCUCGCUGCCUCUCCACACUGGACCUCAUAGCCCUGGGGGUGGGCAGCACGCUGGGGGCUGGCGUGUAUGUGCUUGCUGGGGAGGUGGCCAAGGAGAUGGCUGGUCCUUCCAUUGUCCUCUGCUUCCUGGUGGCUGCUCUCUCAUCAGUACUGGCCGGACUCUGCUAUGCAGAGUUUGGGGCCCGUGUCCCCAAGACUGGCUCCGCCUACCUCUACAGCUAUGUCACCGUUGGUGAGAUCUGGGCUUUCACAACUGGUUGGAACCUCAUCCUCUCCUAUGUGAUAGGCACAGCCAGCGUGGCUCGAGCCUGGAGCGCGGCAUUCGACAACAUAAUUGGCAACCACAUCUCCAACUUCUUCAUGAACAAGACCACAUUGCACCUGCCAGGUGUGCUGGCCGAGCGCCCAGACUUCUUCGCUCUGAUCCUCAUAGGUCUGCUCACCGCGCUGCUGGCCUUUGGUGUCAGUGAAUCUGCCCUCGUCAACAAAAUCUUCACGGCAGUGAACCUGGUGGUGCUGAGCUUUGUCAUCAUCGCUGGCUUCGUGAAGGGAGACAUCAAGAACUGGCAGCUCUCAGAGGAGGACUACAUCAACCAUUCAUCCCUGUACCUGCUGGAUGACGCCAGGAAAAAAGCCUUUGGCUCUGGUGGGUUUGUCCCCUUUGGACUGGAAGGGAUCCUGACCGGUGCUGCCACCUGUUUCUACGCCUUCGUGGGCUUUGACUGCAUCGCCACCACAGGGGAGGAAGCCAGGAACCCACAGCGCUCGAUCCCCAUUGGCAUCAUCGUGUCCCUCCUCAUCUGCUUCGUGGCUUAUUUUGGGGUUUCUGCAGCCCUGACUGUCAUGGUGCCCUACUUCCUCCUGAACAAGGAGAGUCCCCUGCCUGAAGCCUUCAAGGCGGUGGGCUGGGAGCCUGCCCGCUAUGCCGUUGCCGUUGGCUCGCUCUGUGCCCUCUCCACCAGCUUGCUGGGUUCCAUGUUCCCCAUGCCCCGUGUGAUCUAUGCCAUGGCAGAGGAUGGACUGCUCUUCAAGUUCCUUUCCAGCAUCAACAACCGCACAAAAACCCCUCUGUCAGCCACCAUCACCUCGGGGCUCCUGGCAGCGGUGAUGGCCUUUCUGCUUGACCUGAAGGACCUGGUGGACCUCAUGUCGAUCGGCACGCUGCUGGCCUACUCCCUGGUUGCAGUGUGUGUGCUCAUCCUCCGGUACCAAUCUGGGCAGCUGAACUCCCCAAGGGCCACAGAAAUGCUGGAGCUUAAUGGGAACGAGGAGGAAAAGGUGAUCAUGAACCCAACCGUCACCACCACCGGUGCUCAGCCGAAAGAGACACUGUCCUUGGCAACACUCUUCAACCCUCCCACGGACACUCCCACCAGGCUCUCGGGGCGCAUUGUCUACAUCUGUGUCUCAGUCAUUGCCACACUGAUCAUGGUCAUCUGCGUGGUCCUGACGCUGAAGGUGACUGCACUGAAGGCUGCCAACGUGGGCUGGAUCACAGCUGUGGUGCUGCUCCUCGUGGCUCUGCUCAUUCCCAUCAUCAUUGUUUGGAGGCAGCCACAGAGCAACACACGCUUGAACUUCAAGGUACCUUUCCUGCCACUCCUGCCGAUCUUCAGCAUCUUUGUUAACAUCCUGCUGAUGGUACAGCUGAGUCCUGGCACCUGGGUGCGGUUUGCCAUCUGGAUGGCUGUGGGUUUUAUGAUUUACUUUGGCUAUGGGAUUCGGCACAGCGUGGAAGGGAAAAAUGAGGAGGAACCUUGUGCCACAGUAGAAAAGCCUCUGCACCAGCCUGGACUGGACCUUGGUCCCAGGGCUGCUGCAGUCUGAAGGACUGGGCACCACCACUCCAUGGACCUCUGCCAGUAUUCCUGAUCAUGAUUGGCACGGUACAUCCAUCCUCUCUCCCGUGGGGAUUGAGUCCCAGAGUCAUGACUACGGAGCUGGGUCGUGCACUGCCCUUUCCCCUCGCAGAGCUGAGGUCAUGGAGAUGAGUCCCUGGGCCUGCUGGGAGCCCUGGUAGCCUGGGGCUGAUCUCUGCCACUCCCCCCAGCUCUGCUGAGGAGCAGUGACACAGCACGGCCCUCCCACUGUGGAAACUGCUGUCAGAAAUGCUGCUUUCCCUAUGAACAGGAGGCCCCACGGGAUUGUGCAGCUGUAUUUGUUCUAUGUGACUGUGGCCACCACCUCCUCUCUGUGCUUUCCAAAUGCCAGGUGUGUACGUGGCAGCUAUGUCUGGAGCCGUGAGAUGAGGCUUGAGGUGGCUUGUUCUGGUACUGCCAGCAGUCCUGGUGCUCUCUGGCACCACAGGGCUCAGCCAGCCAAAACGCCCCCUGUGCCUGAGAUUCACACCCCACGCUGAGCCCCGUGCUGCCCCAACCAUGCUGCUUGGUGCACACAUCUAGCUUGGGUGUCCAUGAAGAUGUCCACAGCGUAGCAGUACCGCUGUCCAGCCUUGUAUGCCUUCGUAUAAUUGGUGUUUUAAUGUCGACUUUUAUACCUAUUAAACUAAAUGGUUUUUAA